CGCACUUCCGCUUCCGGUUGCGUCACCUCUGUGAUCUCGGCAGGAGUUGACAGCUGAUCGUCUGUGCACUAACUAGACAGAUGUGUGACCAGCUGACCUCUGAGCUGACACUGCCCUCGCUCUUCAUCUGAGGUCGUGGUGAUGGCGACAGACAGAGGUAUAGUGGAAGACUGGCUCUCCGAGUUCAAGGCCUUGUCUGAAACGCAGCUGUCUGGUUACGCUGGAGUCCUCGAUCAGAAGAUUACACUGGUGCCAGCCCUCUACAGCAUCAUCCAGGACCCUGACAGUGAGCUGCUGGAGCCGGUGUGCCAUCAGCUGUUCGAGCUGUACCGCAGCUCAGAGGACUGUCUGCGCCGCUUCACGCUGCAGUUCCUGCCCGAGCUGCUGUGGGUUUACCUGCGCAGAGACCGACACAGCAGCGGCUGCAUCGAGGCUCUUCUGCUGGGCAUCUACAACCUGGAAAUCGUGGAUAAAGAUGGAAAUGGCAAGCUGUUAUCGUUCCUGAUCCCGUCCCUGUCCAAACCAUCCAUAUAUCAUGAGCCGUCCAGUCUGGGCUCCAUUGCUUUGACUGAGGGUGCUCUCUGUCAGCACGACCUAAUCAGAGUGAUCUACAGCGGCCUGCACCCGCAGAGAGAAGCCUUCACUGCCCAGAACAGGUUUGAGGUGCUGUGUUUCCUGAUGCUGUGCUAUAACUCGCUGGUGGUCUACAUGCCCCGCUCAUCACACCGGGCCGUCUGCAGGAUGAGCUCGCGGUUGUGCGUGAGCGGCUUUGCCCGUCAGCAGCUGAAGGCCUGGACCACUUCCUGCAUGCGUGUGCUGCUGGAGCCUCAGUUCAUGGUGCAGAUGCUGGCUGCUGUCUAUCACGCCAUAUAUAAUGGCGAGUGGGAUGCUGGGAGAGAGGCUUUGGAUGACAUCCUGUACAGAGCUCAGCUGGAGCUGUAUUCGGAGCCACUGCUGCUGGGCAAUGCAAUGAAGAGCUCUCUGCCUGGCAGCGCUCCAGACGGAUCUCAGGGGAGGAAGGUCCUGCAGGUGGAGGUCACUCCCAGCAUCAGACGGGUCUCUCGCUGCACCAUCACCGCCGCAUCCAUCCGCAGACUGCGCUGGAAGAGAGAGGUAGAUGCAGACCAGCUGAGCAGGGAGGAGGACUCCUCUGGCCUGAACGAUGCAGAUGAGGGCUUCUCCUCCGGUGCGUCCAGCAGCAGCCAGCCCAGCGGUGUGCGCGGGAGGAAGAGCCGCCCGUCCGCUCGCAGGACCUCCAGCACCUCUCUGGACUGCAGGCCGGGGCAGCGCUCCGGUGCCGAGGCUCGCAGAUACUCCAUCCUCAGCCUGCAGGAGCAGCAUCUGCCAGAGGAGACGGAGCUGCUUUCUCCUGGAAAACAGAGCAGAUCACCCAGCUUCAGCAUGCAAAUUAUCUCACAGGUCUAGAACCGGCUGCCUCCUUCUUGACAGAAGAAUUGUACCCCAAAAGCAGGAACUGUCGUUACUUACUCAUGUCAUUUCAACCCUGUAUUUUUCUCAUGAAAUAUAAAAGCGGUCCAAACUAGGAAGGUGGACGGUGAUUCAUACUGCCACUCAGUGAACACCGUACCAACUUCACUACAGUCAAUAUUACUUUUACUUCCCUUUCUACAGUCAGUCUGUAAAAGAAGUGAAAUGUAAGCAGUUAUUUUAACUCGUACUCUAACUUU